AUGUGUGCCAUGCCCGCAUCGCCGGCUGCGGAGCCCACGCCACUGGCCGGGAGCAAGAACAUCUCCGUUGCCGUGGAGGGUUCGAAGCUGUUCAUCUACAGCGACCUCUCGCGGGACUUCGGUGUGAGCUCCUCCGGGAAGAGUCUCAUCAUUGCCAGCUCCAGUGGCAACAAGCCGAUUGGCGCCACAAAUGCCUUUCUGGGGCUCAAUUUGUACUGUAAGAGCGCGGAGAAGCGCCGUUUGACGGAGGAUGCGACAUCAGAACUGCAUGAGAUGACAGCACUGGGAAACUACUGCGAGUGGCGCAUCGAAGGACACACGCUCUGUAUGGUGAUUGACUUCAACAAUGUUGGGGACAAGGUGGCCACCACGGGGAAGUCCGUGUUGCUCGCUUCCUCCGGAGGAAACAAGGCGGUGGGGAAAACAGGAAUAAUGUGCGGGUUGAACUGCUAUGUGCCGCUUGGCAAGGAGCUUCGCAUCGAAAAACUUUCAACGAUUGCUAAGCCUGGCGUCGCAGUAGGAGAUGUGGUGAACCUGGGCGAUGGGUUUGUCGUUGCGGUGGAAAGCGGGACACAGGUCACUGUACACUGUGAGUGUGAGAAGGCAAAGGCGGGGGUGGCAGUCGCCAUGCCCCCCUUUACGCUGAACGGCGAGAUCACUCUCGCACUGAUGGUAAAGUGGACCGACAAAAAACGGAAGACGGAGGGGAAGUCGGAGCAAAUGGAAGAGGGAUUUGCCGCCGUGUCUUCGAAAUGGAAAAAUCUUUUGUUGCGACGCGGGGCAAUGGAGAAAGGGGAAGACGAGGGCGGCGGCGAUGGUCGUCGUAUUGAUCUCGACCUUCGCUUCGACCCUACUCAGUGCUUCGGCCGCUCCACCUCGGGGAAAUCCAUGACGGUGGCAACCUCUGCCGGCUGGUGUGACGUUGGCAAUGGAAUCUCCAUCAACUUCAAUGCGUAUAAGCCGGCGCCGCAGUUGGACCAGGCGGAGAUCAAGGAUGCGGUGCAGAAGGUGCUUGGGCGGCGAAGCGCGGAGGAGCUCUCCUCUCUCUCCUUCAGAGUCGUCAAGGAGGAGGUGGGGGCGGUGUUGGGGCUGAAGGAAAAUGACCUGGGAGCCCUGCAGAAGGAGGUGAAGGAGGCCGUGGCGGAGCACAUGAGAAGUUUGGCGUCGUCUGACCCGUCUAUGGUGGUCAAGGCAGCUGUGGACGAAGUGCUUGCUGGGCGAUCGCGGGAGGAGGUGGCGACGCUUUCCUUGAAGACUGUGAUGGAGGAGGUUUCCUCGGCGUUGGGAACGGCGCACGGGGAGCUGGGGGAUGUGAAGGAGCACGUCAAGGCCGCCGUCGUACUGUACCUCCGGCGCAACGUUAAAUAA